CCUAAACUUGCUCUGAAGCAAGGGCGCCACAUUUGUUAAUUGAGCUGUCUUUCCAUGGCUGCCGCUUCUGCCUCACAACGCCAGUGGGCCUCAUAACGCCAGAGGGAAGGGAGACUCCGUGUCUGCUUUGCCGCCAGCAUCUAUUUCUCAGUACGCAGAUUUCGCCUUGAAAUCCAGUCUUCGUUAGGUCUCUGGACAGAACAGGCGCCUCAUUUCCGAUUGAAGAGAGGGAGAGGAAACCGCAAGGCAAGAAUGUGAGAUGCGGCGAAGGCUGUUGUGCUUCUGACGUCCUGAGCAUGUCAAUGGGGCGGGGAGGCAUGGGAGAGGUUGGCAUGUGGCCCGCAUCUGAUGAUGCCUGGAGCGAGUCAAUCCAGAAACUGGAGAAGAUCUCUGUUCGAGACCCAGAGUCCCUCACCGUAGGUAGUCGGAAAAAUGGUCAGCAUGCCGGGAAGGCCAAGUCUCGCGGCCCGGGUACUUGGUCGCCGGAUGGGAUGUGGUCCCCUCCCCCAGAAAGAGACUUAGAGCAGUCUAGGCCAUCCACUGCGGGGUCCUCCAGAUCAGGGAUGUUCUCUCCCGGCAGGACGAAAAGCGAUCUCCUGGAGACGCACACAAUACAUGAAGUCAGCAAUCUUGACACACUUGCAGGCAUUGCAAUCAAGUAUGGGGUCCAGGUAGAGGACGUUAAGCGACUCAACGGCCUCAUCACGGAUGCCGCCAUGUUUGCAAGAAAAACCCUGAGAAUACCACCACCAAGAUUCGAAACCCCUUCUGAAAGCCCCAGCCACUCUGCUUCGACCUCACGUCGUCCAAGCAGCACUGGGGAGUCGCCCUUUCCCCCCCGCCCCCACCCCAAGAAGAGCAUGACCCCCGCCAUGUCGUCAUUGCGGGGCUACUACGGCAUCGCCAGCCCCGAAAAGAGGCGCGGGGGGAAGCUGAAGCGCAACUCCGAGGGGGAGGGCAUGGAAAUGUACACAUAUCACAGCAACACCGCGAGCGAAGAUGAACAGAGCGCGACCACGAGCCCCGUAUCGAGGAGGGCGUUUUCGGAUGGCGGGCGCAGGUCCAGCAGGUGGACAAUGGAGGACGACGACCACGUAUGGGACGACUGGGCCAAUAAGACGAGCACGCGGCGAGCUGGCACAAGCGCUUCCAACAACAUCCUACCGACGAGUUCCACUGUGAGCUCCUCAGCCGGGGCAGACCUUCUGUCAUCAAUCUACGGGAUUGGCGAGGAGGAGAUAGAAGAUGGAGGCAGCAAAACGGCUAAUGCAAAUGGGGCAGGGAGGUGGGGUACCAGCGAGAUUGAGGAAAUCGACCUAACGGAUGACACCGCUGAGAACGCCAAGGAAACUCUGUUGGACAGUUCAGGGCCCAGGAAGCGAGGCGCCAAUGGCGCCAACUCUCUCGCGGACUCGUCGUCUCUUGGCAGCUCAUCUAACGGCCGAGGGGCGCUGCCCACUAGGGGCCCGACGCCGCGCAACCGGUCCUCAGCCGGGGGGUCAUCCGGCGGGGCAGCGACCCCCCCCCUGGCAGGAGGCCGGUCCGCUUCGAAAUUGCAAGCUCCCCUCAGGCCCGUCGCAGGUGGUCCUAACGUCACGGAAAUAGUGGCCGGGUUGAGUAAGGGCAAGAUUGUUAUUCCGGAUUCGUUGAUGUCGAAAGUACGCCGGUCGUCGAGCGCUUCGUCACUAGGAGAAGAAGACAGCGCUGGCCGGCUUGCAAACAAAGGGCCCAGCUUUGGAAGCGUUGGGGAUCUGCUCACGGGGGCGGUGGUGAAGCGGAAGGCAGCUAAAGAUUGAUGACAGGUCGCUGUGUUGAGCCCCUAUUGAAAGAGUGUAUGAACGGACCGGUACAGCACGAGUUGGAUCUGAGAUGCUUUCAAAGCUAGAGCUCGCGAGAACAGGUUUGACCGGUGGAUCACUAGGAAAUAUACAAGUAUAGUAGAAAGGCGCUGUACGUGUACUCUAGGCUUCUGUGAACGGCAUCUUCAAGUGAACAAUUAAAGAUUCGAAGCAAGCAAAAUGCUUGAUGCAUGUGGACUAUCCGGCCUUGCCGCGGACGACUGCAAUCUGGUGCAGGGUGGCUGCGACCAUUGCAACAAAUCGAAGCUGGUUUUACAUGUAAGCUGCGUAAACUGGGC